CAUGAAGCCCAAAUCAGAGCAGCUGGCGACCUGAUGCCCAGGGGAUGGCAAGCUGUCAAGCUCAGAAAAGAGGCUCCUAAUUAAACCAUUGUUGGCAUUAACGUAGGCGGACGGCAUUCCCUUUGCAUCCCUUAUCUAUGCUGCUGCGGAGGAGGAAGGUGCCAUUUCUGCAGAGGGUUCGCUGCCCAGGUGAAAGGGCUUUCCAUCAUCAGGAUGAGAAAAGGCCAAAGCGACAGCCACAGGAGCCCUAAGAGGCUGGCGGAUGAAGGAUGAGAAGCACAAAGGGAGCGAUUUGUCUUGUCUCUCGGUUUUAUGACCAGAUGAAGGAUGAUGCGAUGUGUUGGUCUCAUUAUAGGGCAUUUGGGGGGGAAGGCCAUAUAGGGCAUGCCAGGAAGAAGUGGGGGUCUAGAAAUCCCUGAAACGCGUCUCUUUUCACUGCUACUCUGCAUCUUUUCAGGCUGCAUUUGCACAAACUCUGAGUGCUCCUUGCUUAAGAAAACCCUAUGAAAUGGAUGGGGCUGCAGGUGACUUGAAAGCCCACAAAAUUUGGCUCCGGUCCUCCCAAAUGCUGCAAUCAUUAAUUUUCAAAGCAUAGGUCCCUUUGGGAUUGUCACUCCCAGAAUCCCUCUCUGGUGGAUGCUAAGACUGGCAGUCCAAGAAGAAGAAGCAUCUCCAAACUCAGAAGGACUUGCACGGAAUCCAAGGUCAGAGAGGGAGGGUGCCAGUAUUGGGCCGAGAUAAGGAGGCUCUUUCGCCAAGGAAGGGCCAUUCUGCCAAGAAGCGCAGGACAAAAAGGACGCCUCUCUGGACGCUCAAGAAGGAAAGAAACAAUAAGUGACCACUGAUGACCAGCAAGGACCUUGAGAAGAGUACCACGUCAGAGGUGGAGUGUGGGCAGAUGUCCAUCAAGGACCCAGAGGCAGAGGGCAAGGCUGGGUCCCAGAGGGCCUCCUGGUUCGAGCGCUGCAUCCAGCCUUGUGUCGCAGAAGCGGUGGGUGCCGCCUUCUUCAUCUGCAUCGGGUGCGCUUCGGUCGUAGAGAAUGUGGAGGGCACUGGGCGCCUGCAGCCGGCCUUGGCCCACGGACUGGCCUUGGGCCUCACCAUUGCCGUCUUAGGAAACAUCAGCGGAGGCCAUUACAACCCGGCUGUCUCCCUGGGGGCCUGGCUGGUCGGAGGCCUGGACAUAAUGAUGGUCAUCCCCUACUGGAUCUCCCAGCUUUGCGGGGGGCUGAUCGGAGCUGGAUUGGCCAAGGCAAUGACGGACAGCCAAAGGUAUGCCAAUGCUUCUGGAGGGGCCUUCACGACCAUUACCUCUGAUGACCAGCUCCCAGCCGCAGUCAUUGCGGAGAUCGUCAUGACCAUGUUCCUGGUGAUGGCUGUCUGCAUGGGAGCCAUCAAUGGAAAGACCAGGGGCCCCUUGGCCCCCUUCUGCAUCGGCUUCUCCGUCGCGGCAGACAUCCUGGCCGGGGGCGCUGUCUCCGGGGCCUGCAUGAACCCAGCCAGAGCCUUCGGACCCGCAGUGGUGGCCAACUACUGGGACUACCACUGGGUCUACUGGGUCGGCCCCAUGGUGGGCGGGCUGCUGAUGGGUGCAUUGAUAAGGUUCCUGAUUGGGGACAAGAAGACUCGUCUUUGGCUCAAGUGAGAUCGCCUUCUGGUCUCCCUCUCCUUGCCCUCUCCUUCCCGUUAUCCAUCUUGGCCAAACUUGGGACACUUCCAUCCCACUGGAACAAGAAUGAAUCAAUAAGACUUUCUUUCUAUCAUACCCUAUCUCCCCAGUGGAAACAGGGCACAACAGACCUUUCUCUGGACUCACUGUUUUCUACCAUUCCUCCUGUGUUUAUUAUUUAUUGCAUGAAUAAGGACAAAAGGUGCAGAACCGAGUGCUGCUAAAGGGGCAAAUACCUGGAAAAGGGAAGGAGUUUUUCUUUUGGUUACUUAAAUAUGCAUUUUGGACCAAAAUGUUACAAUAUAGAAGGGUCUCUUGUUGCUCCACUUCCUGUGCCAGUUUUUUUCCCAGAAUCCUUUGCUGUGGUGUCCUCCCUAAGAAAAGAAUGGGAAAUUAGCACACAAAUCAAUGAGA